AUGUGGAGAGCAGGAGGGCAGUAACAGUUUUUGAGGUUGAAACCCCAGAUCAGCAGCUUCCUUUCUGCUAACCCGCCCCGCGCUGCAUCUCCAAGGAUCGCUUCCAAGGCGCAGCCCGCUCUACCUGAGCGGGCAGCAGUCGCGUCUCCUCCCGCGCAGUCGGAUCGGCUUCUCCCGAGCUCAGCGCUCCUCCCGGCAGCGCUGAGGGGAGGGCGCGGGACUUCGCCCCCGCGGGAAGCGCUGCGCUCCCCCGUGCGCGGCCGCUUUCCGCCUCCCGGGCCGGGGCAGGCGGGGAGCGCAGAGCAGCGGGCGCUGGGCUCGCAGCCCCCGCCGGGGAGCGGCCCCUUCCCGCGGGGGCAGCGCCGACCCUGCCGUGCGACAGCCGGGGGGGGCCGCUGCUGCCUCGGCGAGCCCGGCUGCGGCGCGGCGGCUGCAGCCAUGUGUUUCUCCGCCUGCCAGUGACACAAUAACACGGGAAGCGGCGGGAGGGAUCCGAGCCUGCCGAGGGGAAAAGUGACCUGAGGCGCUCAGGUGAGCCGGAGCGGCAGCAGGCGGCUGUCGCUGCCCGCCUCCCCGGCGCGGAGCUCCGGAGCUCGGGAGGCGCCCGGAGCCGCCGGGCGGCGAGUCCCGGUGCCCCUCACCGGAGGUGCUGAGCCCGCAGGCCGGCGGCGAUGGAGGAGGGCAUGAGCAGCAUGCAGCAGAAAGCGGCGGAGCUGGAGCACAUGGCCGAGGUCCUGCUCACCGGCGAGCAGCUCCGGCUCCGACUGCACGAAGAAAAGGUCAUUAAGGAUCGGCGACACCACCUCAAAACAUACCCGAACUGCUUCGUUGCCAAAGAGCUGAUUGACUGGCUGAUCGACCACAAAGAGGCCUCGGACAGGGAGACAGCCAUUAAACUGGUGCAGAAAUUACUGGAUCACAGCAUUAUCCACCAUGUCUGUGAUGAGCAUAAAGAAUUCAAGGAUGUCAAACUGUUCUACCGCUUCAGAAAAGAUGACGGGACGUUUCCACUGGACAAUGAGGUGAAGGUGUUCAUGAGAGGACAAAGACUCUAUGAAAAGCUGAUGAGUUCUGAGAACAGCCUUCUGCAAGCCAGGGAAGAGGAAGGCGUGAAGUACGAGCGGACCUUUGUCGCGUCGGAGUUCGUGGAGUGGCUGGUCCAGGAGGGAGAGGCCGCGACGCGCAGCGAAGCGGAGCAGCUCGGCCGCAGGCUUUUGGAGCACGGCAUUAUCCAGCACGUGUCCAACAAGCACCAUUUUAUGGACAGCAACUUGCUCUACCAGUGCAGAAUGAAUUUCCGCCGGCGGCGGCGAUUAAUGGAGCUCCUGACUGAGAAGUCUCGCUUGAUGCCAGAAAGCCAUGACAGCCCGUUUUGCCUGCGCAAGCAGAACCAUGACAACAGGAAGCACACCAGUUUUCUCUCAGUGAGUCCCACCAAGGAGAUAAAGAUCGUGUCGGCAGUGCGGAGGAGCAGCAUGAGCAGCUGUGGCAGCAGUGGGUACUUCAGCAGUAGCCCCACUCUCAGCAGCAGUCCCCCCGUGCUCUGCAACCCCAAAUCUGUAUUAAAGAGACCUGUGACUGCUGAUGAGCUUUUGAUGCCUGGAGCCCCAUAUGUUAGAAAAACUUUUACGAUUGUUGGUGAUGCUGUGGGCUGGGGCUUUGUGGUGAGAGGGAGCAAACCCUGCCACAUCCAGGCUGUGGACCCCAGUGGGCCAGCGGCCGCGGCUGGGAUGAAGGUUUGCCAAUUUGUCGUGUCUGUCAAUGGCCUCAAUGUUCUCCAUGUGGAUUACAGGACAGUAAGCAACCUCAUCCUGACCGGCCCUCGAACAAUUGUGAUGGAAGUGAUGGAAGAAGUGGAGGCCUGAGAAGGCACAAAACACCUCUUGCUGCACAUUUUUGUGAGACAAAUAGCAACAGCCAUGGAGUGUCAUGACACAAGGCAGCAGAAUGUUGCUGUGUCUAAAGAGAUGAUUUUGCUUUUAGGGGAGGGGGCUCUCUUUCCUUUAACAAUAAUAGCACUGGUGAUUAUGCUAAGAUGUGAACAAUAGAUACCAGCUUAUUUUCACUAUGGACUUCUCUGUGCCCAACAGAGACAAGAUCAGGGCCUUCAGGUGGCCUGUCCAGCCAUGGCUGCAUCGGUCAGAACGGUUUCCAGCCUAAGAGGCCGUGCAUAUUUCCUCACAGGCCACUGCUGGAGCAAAGCACUUCAGGAGGUGAAAGAGCCAGGCACUGUGGGGUCAGGGUGUCACAGAUGGUUUCCAUGAGACGCUGACAUGGAUAAACAUUGUCCUGGUCUCCAGCUUUGUCCCUGGAGCACGUGCAGUCACAGCUGCUCUUUCCUUGGGCUGAGGGACAGCUGAUGGAAUUCUGGCUUGAUUGCAGUGAAACACGAAUGAACUGCAAAUGCAUGAGAAAAGGUGUCUGUGCUCUGUAGAGGAUAGUCUGGUAUGAAUGCUUGGGCCUUACUGAUUAAGUGGGUUAGUCUAGAAAGAAAAUGGAAAAGCGUGUGGUCUUUUACAAAAACCGCCUUUGAAAAUUGGUCUUUUGGUUUCAAUGCUUGUGUGCUGGAUUAGGUGCUUGAGCAUAAAAUAUUGAUUUUGAGGUUUUUUCCAUACCUGUAAAGAAAAGGUGCCUCAGUCUUACUAUCCAUCAUUUUGGAGAAAUUUUGGACACCUUAAUUCCCAGAGGAGGAAUAUUUGGCAGGUUGUAGUGGGAAAUUCAGUGUUAGCAUAAGGAAUGAUACAUCCAGAUUCUCCAGUAGCAAAAGCACACUUCAAAUGGAAGCAAUGUACUUGAAUGUACAUGAAGCUUAUCAGCACUUUCCAAUCAUCUGAUGUUUUGCAAAGAACCACCUUCCCUCAUGAGCUGCAUUUGACACUGUUACAAAUAAAACAUUGUAUUUAAAUGA